CAGCUACCUUUUGUGAUUUUCUAUUAUGCAUGCAAAAAGUUAGGACUUCCACUGUAAAAAUAUGAGACCAGACGAACAUAAAAAGAAGAGGAGCGCCCAAUACAAAAAGAAGCAUGGCAUGAAUAAAGAUGACCAGUCGAGAGAUUCGCGCCAACCAAAAUCAAAGAGUAGUGGAAAGGGCAAAGUGAAAGUAGAUCAGAAACCAGGCGGGAAACAUUCUGAGGGUCACGUUACUGGUGCUACAAAACUUCCACAGUCUUCUUCUGGUAGUGAUACUAGUGACAAUGAUCAGGACUCUGCACCAGUCCGUCCGGCAUUCAGACGUAGAGAAGUUGUCAGCAACUGGACACGAUAUGAAAUACUUCCCUCAGAGACAGAGGCAACACAGAGAAAAGGAGAGGAUUUCCUCAACCUUUUAAACACAGCUGGUGUCACAAGUUCCCAGUUUCGCUUUAAGGAAGAAGAGGCCUGGGAUGAAGGGGAGAGUGUGUCCACAGAUACUAAAUUGUUGGCUGUAGACCUGUCAGAUUUGGCUGCCAGUCUCCAGUGUAUACCUCUGUACAACCGACUAGGGCUGGAGCAGGAUCUCUUUAGUUCUGAGCAGAUCCAGGAAAUGGAAACAGCUGCCAAAGAGCAUACACAGGAAUACAAACCAAAAUCUUAUCCUGUCGACCCUACACACAAGUACAAACCAAAAUCUUAUCCUGUCGACCCUACACACGAGUACAAACCAAAAUCUCUUGUUUCGGACCUAACACAAAAGUACAAACCAGGUUCUCAGGCUGUGGACAUUUCAGAACAGAACAAACCAGUUGGAAGUGACAGUGCUAUUGACUCCACACUGCCUACAAAGGACAAUGAUAAAGUAACAAGAGUAGUAGAAACAGGAAAAACAAAGACUGAGCCUGAUGAGACAGGUUCAAUCAAACAGGAAGCAGGUGAACAUUUAAUUAAAGCUGAGUCUGACUGUCAGAAAUCUGCAGAUGAUGUGUCAAUUUACAAUCAACCAUCACAUAACCUUGGUGCCUCUGGAUGUGUGGACAGUGCACCUGUGGUUAGAACACCUGUAAUUAAUACAAAUAUAUGUGAGAAGACAGGGGAAGUGACUAGUAACAAUCUAGAUGAUGAUUUGGACUUUCUUCUGUCACUCGACAAUCCUUCAGAUGCCACUAGUCUAGGGGAGACAACUCAACAAAAUAGUGUGAAUGUAACAGUGAAGACCUCACCUGACAAAAAAGCACUUACUUCAUCUAACACAGGAUUGGAGAAAGAAACCGAGAACUUAGAAGACUGGUUAGACAGCGUUUUAGACUGAGAAGAGGAAAUUGUACGGUCUCCCAUCUCUCGACCACCUGGAAUAAUUGUCUGUCAGUGCCCUGCGAUCUCAAUCCUUGUCCUGAGAAGUGUACCCUAGCAAAUCUACCUUUGUCCUGAGAACUGUGCCCUUCAAGUCUACCUUAGUCCUGAGAAAUGUACCUUAGAAAACUACAUUUGUCCUUAGAACUGUGCCCUGGAAAGUCUACCUCUGUCCUGAGAUAUGUACCCUGGUGAAUCUAAAUUGACAGGUCUUCCCUUCUCCUGUGAUUUGUGCCCCAACAGGCCUGCCAUUGUUCUGAGAAGUGUGGCCUACCUUGACAGGGCUGCCAUUGCCUGAGAAGUAUGCCCUACCCUGACAGGGCUGCCAUUGCCUGAGAAGUAUGGCCUACCCUGACAGGGCUGCCGUUGCCUGAGAAGUAUGGCCUACCCUGACAGGGCUACCGUUGCCUGAGAAGUGUGGCCUUCACUGACAGGGCUGCCAUUGCCUGAGAAGUAUGGCCUACCCUGACAGGGCUGCCGUUGCCUGAGAAGUAUGGCCUACCCUGACAGGGCUGCUGUUGCCUGAGAAGUAUGGCCUACCCUGACAGGGCUGCCGUUGCCUGAGAAGUUUAGCCUACCCUGACAGGGCUGCCGUUGCCUGAGAAUUGUGCCUUGGCAGGUAUGCUUCUUUUUGCCCUAACCAGUGAUUAUGAGACAACAAACCAGGAAUCACAAUAUUUAAAUCCAAUACAUGUUUUUGUGUUGUUAAUUGCAUUAAAGGCUAAAUGUUAACUUCUAAGCCAUGUUGAACAAUAUUGAAAUAAAUGAAAUGAUGACUAUGAAA